CCGUGAUAUAGUGGUAAGCCGAGGGGCAGCCUAUGCCUGACGCCUGCAAACUGCCAUCAAUCUGACAAUUCUUCCACCUGAUUCCUCGGAAUAACCGCACAAGCUCAGUCGUACUUUAUCUUCUGUUCUCCUUUUCUCUCUUUUUUUUCCUGUUGGUAUUUGGAGUCAGCUUCAUUUCACACUCAGUGUUGCCAACUCGACUACCACAAUGACAGAUCAACCCGGCCCCGGGGCCAGCAACGGCACACAACAAGAGCAACAAUCUGUGGUGAUUUCUCUGCAAAUCAUGUCUGAUCUUCAUCUAGAGACACCGCGCUUUUUCCCAAUGUAUUCCGACUUCCACCUCAAACCUGGCUGCGCCUAUCUUGCCCUUCUCGGUGAUAUUGGCAACGCCCAUGACGCUCGGCUCUUCGGGUUUCUGGAGAAGCAGCUGCAACAGUUCAGAGUGGUCUUCUACAUUAUUGGAAAUCACGAGCCGUAUCAGGAUCAGGAUUCCGUGGAUUCGCAGAGCUACACACACCAGGAUACAGUGGCGAAGAUGGAAGACUUCGAAGAGGCCAUUGCUCAGCGGCGCAAGGUUGAGAUUAGAGAAGUUGGCACCCCCUCCAUCGGGCAGUUUGUAUUCCUGAACAGGAACCGGUUCGACAUUUCUGACACCAUUACCAUCCUCGGCUGCACGCUCUUCUCCAACGUCACGGAGUCUCAGAGGAGUACUGUGUCGCUGUUUGUUUCUGACUUCUCUAACAUCUUGGGCUGGACGGUGGACUCGCACAAUGCAGCACACAAGGUAGACUUGGAGUGGCUGAACGCCCAGGUGACGACCAUCACGCGGGAUGAGCCACAUCGCAGCAUCGUCAUCCUGACGCACUACAGCCCGACCAGUGCCUCUGAGGCGAACGACCCAGAACAUCUCGAGGAUUCGGGCGGAGUCCAGAGCGCAUUCGUCACCGACCUGGCGAGAGAGGUAUGCUGGACUAGUCCAUCCGUCAGGCUCUGGGCGUUUGGCCAUACUCAUUACAACUGCGAUUUCGUGGACGCCGUCACCGGAAAGCGGGUUGUCGCGAAUCAGAGGGGCUAUGGUCGCGAGGAUGCUUUUGACUUCGACCCGGACAAGGUAGUCACUCCGUCAACUCAACCUUUUGAUCGAGUCUCGGCAAUCAAUCCGCGCAAUCCAACUCAACUUUGAGGUUUCUGUAGAGAGAGAGACCGACACUUGCAACGGGGGAGGAUGAAGAAGAUAGCCAACUGCGAGCAAUCACACGAUAGCAACGCGUGUCAUCGAUUACAGAUGGAUCAAUUGCUGGCGACCGAAGUGACAGGGCCGUGACUGGGCUUCUGAGAAGGGACCAGACCAAGGAGAGAUCAGGCCAGGGAGGGAGUCAAGAAAAAGAAGAGUCAAUGACAGUCACAACGACACCGUCAGAGCAGUGGCAUUGCGUAUAAAGGAACGAUCUAUGCACUUUUUGGAGCUAUUACCACGGAACGUGAUGCACUCUGGUCGAAUAGCAUAGUUGGUAGGUAUGUACGAAAUGUACGAAAUGUCAAUAUUUACGUCUUGCAACACAA